AAGCUGACAUUGUGCGCUUCACUCUUGCAGAUGAGGUCCUUGCUCGUGCUCCUGACGGUGGCGGCGGCAGCGCAGGCCCAGUACAGCGGGUCGGUGGGCGCCGCCAGCUUCAGCUCGGCGUCCGCGGGCGGCUUCGGAAGCUCCGCGGGCGUGGGUUUCGGAAGGCCCGUGAGCGUGGGUGCCUUCGGAAGCUCUUCUGGUGUGGGCGGGUCGGUGGCGGCGGCCUCGUACGGGUCGGGCGGCUUCGGGUCCGGCGGCCCCAUCAUCUUCCCCUCCGCCGGCCGCCCGGGGGUCAAUCUGCCCGUGAGACCAGGAGGACGACCUUUCGGCAGACCCGGCGCCCAACCCGCCGGGCCGUUCCCCGUCAGACCCGCACCACAACUCACCUCGCAGUACCCGAUCUGCUCCCCGGGCGUGGUGGACCACCAGGCCCUCGGGAGCCGCUACCACUUCUCCUGGUGCCACGACGGCUUCCAGAACUACACGCAGGAUAGGGCCGUCGCCUACUGCAGAGCCCUCGGCCCCGGCUGGAACGGCGUGAGCAUCGAGACCUCGCAGGAGGACCAGCUCGUCUCCCAGAUCGUUGGAGGACACAACCUGGCCUGGAUCUGGACAGCCGGCGUGAGAGACUUCAACGGGGUGUUUCAGUGGCCCUCCAACACGUAUGGCACAGUGCCACUCAACUACAAUAACUGGAGUCAUACUGGACUCGACGGCCGACCGCAGCCUGACAACCGUGAAAAUAACAACGAACAGUGCCUCGCCAUUCUGAAUAAUUUCUACAACGAUGGCAUUAAAUGGCACGACAUCGGCUGCCACCAUCUGAAACCUAUUAUUUGUGAACAACAUCUUUAGUCAACUUUGGAAUAUAUAUUUUUUGUCUAUUUCUUUUAUUUUUUCUUCUUCUUCUGCUCGUUUUCUCUCGUGAGUGUUUUUCCCGUUUUCUUUUUAUUUCUUGCCUUCCCGUUUUCGUCUAAACCCGUUUUCUUUCUUUCGUUCAGUGGUUUGCCUUCAUCUAUAAAUCAGAUCGAGGUAGUAAUUUAUUUGUUUAGUGAUAAUGAAACUUAUUUCGAGAAGGAUACUCGUGUUAUCAGUACCUCUUCUCUAUCGAAGAACAAAUGGAAAAAGGAAAUUUAUGAAAUAGUGAUAUAUAUUUUCGUGUUUUUUAUAUUUUUUUCAAUGUAUCCUCAUGGCCAAUAAAAUAAAUUAUACAG